UUACACCUUUAAAUUAAAACUAGGGGAAGAACAUGUUGUUUUCUAAUAACUUUAACUGUUUUUCAGUUAUUUAUUAAAAUUGAGUUCGAUUUCGGUUUGUACAUUUAAUUUUGAAUUGUGUUUAAAAAUCGUGUUACGAAGAUGGAUUGGUUAAAGAAUAAUUUAUUGGAACACUAGGUUUUUUCACCGUAAUAUUGAAAAUGGUGUCUAAUUUUGCAAGGAAACUGAGCCUUUCUUCGCAUGUCGAAAUCAUGGAACUUCCGCUGAUACCCGAGACCAAAUUACGAAAUACGAACAUAGCUGCAUUCUCAGCCCUAAUAUUCAUUGCUGUUCUUGGGAUGGUUGCUGGUUACUCAGCCCCUGCAACUGCUGACAUGAAGAAACCUGGAAGCAGGUACGAGGAUAUCACCGAAGAUCAAAUCACUUGGAUUGCAAGUUUGCCUAAUUUGAGCGGAGUCAUCGGAAAUGCCCUCUCUGGUUUUAUUUCCCAAAAGCUUGGGAGGAAAUCUGUGCUGAUGUAUAUAUCUCUUUCAUUUAUGACCAGCUGGCUACUAAUUGCUUAUUCAAGAUCACUUUUAUAUGUAUAUGCUGGACGCCUCAUUUCCGGGUUUAGUGCUGGUAUCGCCUCAGUUGCAGUUCCCGCUUACGUCGUCGAAAUUGCUACGACGGAAAAACGAGGAUUUUUAACGUCCGGCUUUCAAGUGUUUUAUUCUUCAGGCGUUCUCGUCAUGAUGUCGUUGGGAAUUGUACUGAGAUGGUCGUGGCUGGCCGUAACCGCAGCCAUAUUUGUAGUUUCUGGAGCUAUCCUCAUGUUCUUUAUGCCCGAAUCUCCUGCAUGGUUGGUGCGCGAGUCCAGAUGUGCUGAAGCUAUUCGUGGACUGAUGUUCCUCAGAGGGAAAAAUGUGGAUUAUGUCAGGGAAAUUGAAGAGAUCAAUGACAGUAUGCGCGAACAUUCAUCCAGAGGCAUCCGAUUUCAAGACUUUUUGCAACCGACUUUGUACAAGCCUAUCGUGAUCGUCUUUUUGCUGUUCUUUUUCCAGCAGUUUUCAGGAAUCAAUUCCCUCAUGUCUUAUACCGUGGAUAUUCUCAAAAAUGCAGGAAGUGCCAUAGAUCCUUUCACCGCUGCUGCUAUUGUGUCUGUAGUACAACUUUUAGUAACGAUGACAAGCAGCUUACUGAUGGACAGAGCGGGUCGUAAAGUUUUGUUCAUUGUUUCAGGCUGUUUCUUGUUCCUCAGCCUGACAACUCUUGGCCUGCACAGUAUUGCUGUGCAAAAGUAUAAUUUUGAUCAGGCAAAAUACGGUUGGGUUCCUGUGAUGGCUUUUGUUGUAUACGUUGCUGCUUAUGCUAUCGGCUUUGGUCCCAUACCCUUCGUAAUGACACCAGAGUUGGUGCCGAUUCACACACGCAGUUUCCUUUUGGCCAUGGGUUCUGUUACGUGCUCGGGUUUGGGGUUUGUUGUUGCAAAAUCGUUUGACAGUUUAAAGACACUGAUGGGAGAAUAUGGUUUAUAUUGGGCUUAUGCUGCAUUUUCUCUUUUGGGUUCCUUGUACUGCUUCUUCUUCAUACAAGAGACAAAAGGCAGGACUAUACAAGAGAUUAACAGUUCUUUCUCGGCUUCCUCGUAAGAUUUAUCGAAACUUAUUUAAGCUCAUAUGACUGACUGAAUAAGGAAGUUUAUACUUGGUCAGUUUUACUGUGUAGCAAUGAAAAACUGUUCAAAUUCUUCUUUUGUCAUUCUGAACAACUCUUUCAUUGUUACGCAUAUGUAAACAAAUGUAUAUGUAUAAAAUAAUUUCGUAUAUUUAAUAUGAGGAAAAGACCUAACUGAAGCUUACCGUCUUCUUCUAUACACGGAAAAUAUUUCGUAUUUUCUGAAGAUAUUUCUUACAUUUUGUUUGUCGUGUAUUCUUUUAAAAAAAUAUUUAAAAAUAUUUUGCCAUUUCGACUAAUAUUUGUUUUACCAAACGAGAGCUUAGAGAAUUUGCUGUUAUUCAUGGACUUCGGUACCUGUGAAAACGAAACUUAUUAUAUGUAAUCAGUGUUUGAUCGUACUUGAAAGGUGCUUAUGCAUCAUGUAUCCAAUAUUUUUAUUUAAGAAUCCACCCUUGUUAAAAUACAUAAAAAAUGCAAUGUUAACAUAAAGGAGCCAUUCCUAUGUCCACUGUUAAAAAUGUGGUAUAUGUUGUAAAGUGUCCAUGUAUUUUU